AAUCGUCAGUUUUGGAAAACAGAAGAAGAGUGUCAGUGUGAAUGGAUUGCCAUUAAGUUCUUAUCAUAUUUUUCCGUUUCAAAAUUUUAUAAAAACCCGGAAAAUGGCUUGAAACUGUGUAAAGCAAUGCAAUAACAGGUGUAUUACAAAUAACGCCGUAAAAAUCUCACCAAAGCACUUAUAAAGACUUAAGUGGAAAAGGGUAAAUAAUUAUAAAUAUCAACAAAGUGCUGACCUCCUUCCGCCGCAACAAUUGUAAAUGAUAAACUUGCGCGAUAAAAAACAAAGCAAGGCAAAAUAUUGGUGGCGUAGAAUACUUUUUUAUCAGUCAAGCCUGCCACACAGCGCUAUAGCAUAAUCCCAUAUACCCACAAACUCCCUGAGAUAAUUGAAAUGUGAAAAGUUAAUUGAGUCAACCACCGAAACUAAUUGCUUUUACAGCACACACACACACAACUCCGCCCUUGAAGCGUUUGCAUUGUAGCGGCAGUGACGUGCAAAGGAAGCACAGCAUUAACUUUUAGUCGGAAAAAUUAUGGAAUUCGCGGAUCUCAUUAAAACGCCAAAGUUAGAUGGAGUAUUUCUACACGAUCAUCUGCAUGCAACAGUUGAAGGGACUCUCUGCAUUACAGGGCAUCACCUGCUGUUGAGCGCGCGACAGGAGAAUAGCCAAGAGCUAUGGUUGCUGCACAAGAGCAUCGAUUGCGUGGAGAAAAAACCAUAUAUGGUUCAAAAUAUGGUGAUGGGCGGCAUCAUUACGUUAAAAUGCAAAGAUUUACGCAUAAUUUCACUGGAGAUUAAAUAUGCUAAGGAAUACUUUAACGUAGCAGCGUCAUUAGAGUCACUCAGUGCGCUACACGACCCUGAGCUUGAAUAUCCGUUUUUCUAUCGGCCAAUGUAUACUAUACUUGAAGAUGGAUUUACCAUGUUUCGACCUGAACUAGAGUUUGCGAAACUAAUUUCCGGUACUGCCUGUAAUCUACUAAACGGUAAUGAAAACGGCAUUGGUGGUGGCACAAUACCUGGCGCUGUUGGUGGCUGUGAAUGGCGCAUCACGACAGUUAACAAAGACUUCAGCGUAUGCCCAUCAUAUGGCACAAUACUUGUUGUACCCAAAUCUAUUACAGACGAACAGAUUAUACAAUCGGCUGCGUUUAGGGAUGGUGGCCGAUUUCCGGUACUAAGCUUCAGGCAUGAAAAUGGGGCAACGCUGAUGCGCAGCGCGCAACCACUCUCCAUACAGGGUAUUAAACGUUGCCGGGCCGAUGAAGCAAUACUUAACGUUGUGUUGGGACGCAGUAAAAAGGGCUUCAUUGUCGAUACUUGGGGAAAAGGCAAAUCGAACACCGAAACCGACCAACACUAUUCGCAAUGGAAGAAAGUGAAUCGUGCCAUUGGCAAUGUUUCAACUCCUUCAGCGAUUUUGGAUAGUUUUGCCAAACUUAUUGAAGCCUGCAAUGAUGUAAACUGUUCGCCUGACAAAUGGUUAUCGCGGUUAGAAGCAAGUGGUUGGCUAAGCCUUGUAUUGAAUUCACUGAAUGCCGCAUGCGUAGUGGCACAAUGCCUAGAUCAGGAAGGUAGUCCGGUGCUGGUGCAUGGUUCUAAAGGUUUGGACUCCGCGCUGAUUGUAACAUCGCUAGUGCAAAUUAUACUUAAUCCUGAUUGUCGUACUGUACGCGGAAUACAAGCAUUAAUUGAACGUGAGUGGAUACAGGCUGGUCAUCCGUUUGCGUCGCGUCAUCGUUAUGCCUGUUAUACACCGGCGCAGAAUCGUCCCAAGAACUCCGGUGCCUCAUUUGUGCUGUUCCUAGACUGUAUUUACCAACUUUAUACACAAUUUCCAUGCAGUUUUGAAUUUAGCUCGCAAAUUUUAAUCUUACUGUAUGAACACAGUCAUUUCUCCCAAUACGGCACAUUUUUGUGCGACUCCGAACGCGAGCGUCACGAGCUGGGCGUGCAUACGCGCACCACUAGCCUCUGGUCUUACCUAAAUCGACCAGAUGUGCUGAAGAAUAUGUUGAACCCUUUGUACGAGCCAAAUCCAAGUGUUAUUUGGCCGAGCGUGGCGCCGAUCUCAUUAGAACUCUGGAGUGAACUAUAUCUGCGCUGGACCAUUGAACAAAAGAAUAGCACACAAACUAUGCAACAAAUACAAGAACUGGUCACACGGGAAAAGGAGUCGCGCGCGAACGCUAUAAGAUUGCGUAAGCAAGCCGCAGACCUGAGCCAUGAAAUGGAGCAACUAAUAACGGCUGAUUGAUUAACGCAAUCACAUGAAACACAUGUAACGGCAGGGUCUGCUAUAUAUCGUGUUGAUCACAAAUCCACAGUUAAUUACAAAUACAGUAAGUAAUCUUUGCUUCUUCGUUAUUUGUAAAGAAGGGAAUCGUUGAUUUAAAUUCGAAGUUUAAAUGUUCACUGUGCUCUCUAAGUGUCUCUCUAAAACGUAUGUUUUUAUAAAGAAGUGGAUGAUUUUGGACACUACAUGUACCACGGCGGGGUGCACAUAGGCAAAUUGAGUCAAUUUAUGACAAUUUUUUAUUGUAAUUACAUAAUUAUAAGUUUAUACUUAGGCUAAUAAUAAAUGUAAAUUAAAGUGAAAUUCUUUUCAGGAAGAGAAUUCUAAUUAAAUCGAACAAAUACAAUUGUUAAGUGAUUGAAAAUUUAUUAAAAGCAAUGCCAAAAGCAUCACAUUGAGAAAACUGAAUGGAACAGGUUGCAUUAAAAUUAUAUAUUUUUAAUAAUUCACUGCUAAAGUUAACAACCCGCAUAUGCGGCGUACUUUCGAGCAUCAUAUAAUUGGGUUUAAACAAUCAAAAGAAAAAUUUAGAUACGCAUUCGUGUCGAUUCUAGUAAUUGUAAUGUUUUUAUGAACGUUCCAUAAAAACGAGCAUCUGCCUUCUGGUUAAUACAAAACCGAAACUAACAGCUGCAAUUGUACACAAAACACUUUAAAUAAAAAAUAUAAAAAAAUGCAUAAAGAAACUCAUUGGCAAUAUUCCCAAAUUAGCUAUACAAAUUUAUGUUUAUGUAUGUUUUUAAAAAAUUGCAUCGGCAACAAAAUGCAAUUCUUUGCUGAAAGCUUUAACUAUUCAUGUGAAUAUUUUCCGAAAAGAUAUUUAAGAUUGUCCCAGAAUCUCUGUAUUUUGUAUUUCAUGCAAUUAUAUUCCUCAUAUUAAAUAAAUAUUCAAGUUGCUUUCAUUCUUGCACGAUUUUAAAAUAAAUAAAGUAACUAAUUUACUAAGAAAUAUUAAUGGGAAAUCAGUGGAAUAAAAAUUUCAGUGGAAACUUUCGAACUGAAAUAUUUUGUGUCCCUUAUAUCAGUAGCAUUUUCGAAAAAAAACUUUAUUUGUCACAUUUAAUGGCAAACUUUAAAACUUCCUCACUUUAAAAAAUGGUAACACAAUUUAGCUUAUGCAUCUGAUCUCCCUUUAUCUUGCUCUUGUAUGUAUAUCAUAAUUUUUCUAUUACAAUAUUUUCUUGAUUUUACUAUUGAAAAGUUGUACAAAAUAGUUUUUAACAUAAAAUUCUGUAAUGCUUUCUGGAUCAUAAAAAACAUUACAAGACAAAGUAAUGACCAAGCAAAGAACAAUACAAAAAUACAAAUCAGCACUUAAGAUAUACCAACAAAAAGUUGGAUUGAGCUAUGUUUGUCUUGAAUACAAAACUGAAUGCAUAAAAAAGAUGUCUAAAUAUUUUCCGAUUCUGAGUAACUAAUUGUGUAUUAUUUAUACAAAGUGACUGUUUAAUUGCCCGCAUCAUCCUCCAAGAAGAAGAAUUGUCCAGAACGUUUCUGCUCAGUGU